AUGUCCAAAGCAAUCUCUAUCCCACAUAGUCGCGAUGACUAUACUGUUGGGUGGGUAUGUGCGCUGCCAACAGAGCUUACAGCUGCGAUAUACAUGCUCGAUGAGAGACACUCAGACCUCAAACAGCCAAGGGGUGACUCCAAUGCUUAUAUUCUUGGAAAGAUGGGUGAACACAAUGUUGUCAUUGCGGGCCUGCCAAAGGGAGUAACCGGCAAUACUAGUUCUGCAACAGUGGCGGCCAGGAUGAUAUCUAGCUUUCCAAACAUCAGAGUAGGGCUAAUGGUGGGCAUUGGUAGUGGUGUCCCCCAGAAGGUCCGGCUUGGAGAUGUGGUCAUCAGCGCUCCUGUUGAAGAUCGACCUGGGGUGAUCCAAUGGGAUAUGGGCAGAGCAGAAGACAAGGGUUUCAUUCAGACGGGAUUCUUGAAUCCUCCUGCAAAGCUACUCUUAAGCGCCCUGGCCAAGUUUGAGGCCGAACAGAUAAAGGUCCAUGCCAGUAUGAUGGAAUAUUUAGUCAAGCAAGUGCCCAAAGAUUACUUCAAGUCACCACAGCCGAAGGAUAUUGCCUAUGAAUCAACAUAUCAGCAUGUAGGCGGAAAUGACUGCUGCCAAUGCGACGACAAUAUGGCAAUGAAGAGAGAUUCGGGAGAGCGCCAUGGGUUACAUUAUGGGCUUGUGGCAUCAGGCAAUCAAGUGAUUAAGAGUGCUGAGCAGCGUGAUAAGCUCUAUCGCCAAUUUGACGAAAAUAUCCUGUGCAUUGAGACAGAAGCAGCCGGACUUAUGAACGACUUUCCUUGCAUCGUUAUUCGAGGCAUCAGCGAUUAUGCAGACUCACAUACAAAUGUGGCAUGGCAAGAAUACGCUGCCGCCGCGGCAGCAGCUUGCGCAAAGACAUUCCUCGAUGUCGUACCUGUGAGCGAGGUUGAUAAAUUGGAAGCUGUGAAAAGUAAAUAUAUGUUUGGUAUAAUACACAAAAGUCUACACGGCUAA